GUGUAUCUUAGUCAGUGCUUUACACUUGUGUUUAUAAAUAUUAAAUACGUAAAUAAGUAAUAAUGAUACAAAAAUAAUUUUCAGUUAUUCGGUAUGCCAUUUUUAAAGUGUAUACCUUAGUUUCUUAGUUUAAUAAUAUUUAAGUUUUAAUUUUAAUACCGGUUGCCAGUUUUAUCGUUUCCAUUCUUAUUUUAUUACAUUUUAUGUCUCACAAAUCAUUUUUUAGACCCUUAAUAUGGACUCCCCUUUUAAAACUCCAUCAAAGAGGUCCAUGUCUCAAAUGUUACCAUCCAGUGGUUCAUCUUCACCAUUUACACCAAAAAGAAGUAAAAUAAAGAAGAUAAGUAGUGAUUCUGUUUCUCGGAUUUUGGCAUUUGAUGAAUCCAAUAGCCGUUCACCUACUAGAAGGAAACUUGAUUUUUUAUCAUUUAGUCAGAAUUCAUUGCUACUUAAUGAAAAUUGUAAUGAAAAUUGUAAUGAAAAUGAACUUACUCCGUGUGAACAGACAACCCCUGUUAAAAUUGAACAAUCAAAUCGUGAAAGAAAUAAAAUUUUAUUAUCUCCAAGUAUCAAAGUUAAUCCUAAACGAUUUAAUAUUCCUGAACAAGAUAAAAAUAUUAUCAAAUCAUCUUCAAAUAAAAGAAGUGGUUCAGUUAACUCUACACCAUCCAAAAAAUCAAAACUGUUAAGUGCAAUUGCAGGUUGUAAAAAAAUAACUUCUUAUUUCAAACCCAUACAAGAAAGGCAAAAUUCUAUUACAAAUGAAGUUGGUAAUCAUUUUUCGCCAGCCAAGCACAAAAUCAAAGAAGAAAACGUGAAUUCUAUCACUGAAAAUUGUAUUAAAAUUGAAAAACAAGUUACCACCCCCGAUAAAAAUGAUAAUAUUAAUAAUAUUCAAGUUCGAUCACCAAAAAUAAUUAGCGUUAGCUCAAACAAUCCAAUUGUGAAAAAAACAAGUCCAAGAAGAAAAGUUGUUAAAAAUUCACAUUCGAAUAAAACAAAACCAAAAGAGUUAAAUAUGGCAGAACAGGUGACUCCAAGUAAAAACGGAAGUAUUAAUAAUAGUUCUAUGACAAGUCCAAGAAUUUUAGAAUAUUUAGAAAACAAAGUUGUUAUUUCUGGUGGUGAUACAUACAGCAGAUUUAUUAAAUCAAUUGUUUUAAGACCUGAAAUCUUUUGUUUUGGCAAAGAAGAUAUAAUGGAAAAAAUUGAAAGUGCUACUAAUGAUGAACUUAAAAUUUAUGGGAGAUUGAUAGCUAGAAAACAUGGAUGGAUUCGUUCAAAUGCACCUGAUGGACUUCAAAAGUAUAAAGAAUUAAAUCUAUGUGAUAAUUUUGACAGUGUUUUAGAAUCUUUAGCAACUAAACAACUAAUAAAUACAGAUGUUACUUCUUGUGAACUUGAUACCUUAUUAAAUAUUCUAAAAACCCCAGAACUUAAAGAAUUGCAGAAGACAUUCAAUAUUAAUCUAAAUUUUAGCAAAAGUCAGACUAAACCUGCAAUGAUAAAAUCAUUUGUAAACCUUGUGAAAAAUCAAAGAACAUUUUGUGGAAAUUCAACCAGUAAUUUAAAAGAACGUAUCAAAAAUAUAAUAGGCUAUUGUUUGAAACUAUCAGAUACAUCAAGAAAUGAUAUAAUGAGCUGCUUAAUCUAUGAGUCAUAUCCUUAUUUCAGUGGAGAAGAAAAAGACAGAUUUCGUGAAUGCUUUACUAAAUUUAACUUGGUUGAAAAAAAUUUACUAAAAUUUCCUAAAUUUGAAGCAAAACGAGUAUCAAUUAAUUUCAGUUCAAAAGAACACUUUGAAAUGUAUAAAACUGCAUUGGAUCUUCGUCAUGAAGUUCAAUUACUUUUAGAGCAAAAAGAUCAUGAAAAUGCAAUUUUAGUAUUGUGUAUUAUGUUUGAAAAUUUCAAAUCUGCUAUAUGUGAUAAAUCUAAUGUAGAAUCUCUAUUAAAGAUACCUACCUAUUUACGAAAAUACUCAGCAAUAUCUGUAUAUGCUCAUACAUUAUUCAAAAAUAUAACAAUAUUAAAAAAAUGUACCAGUAAUAUAAACUUGGCUAAAGAAGUGUUGGAAUUUUUAUUAAAACAUAAGGAAUUUUCAGUGUCUAAACAAGCUGAUUUACAUAUUGAAUUAGCCAAAGUUUAUGAAACACAAUAUAAACAAUUAGAUCGUGCAGCAAAUAUAAUACUUAAUGGCCUCAAGGAUGAUAAUAUGACUGAUUUGGGUCGUCAAAUGUUAUCAAAAAGAGCAGUGAUGUAUGCAAAUCGUAAAGUCAGGAAGUUGGAUAAUGAGUUAAAAAAUGAAUUAUUGAGUUUUGCUCCAAAAACAGAAAAAGAACCACCCACUACAACAAUAAAUGGAAAAAUAAUUUCUGUUAAAGAAAAAGGUUCAUCUGGUCGUAAGCAAGUUUAUUCAAAAAUUACUGAUAAUGGGGACUGUCAUUACAUGUCUGUUGAAGAACUAGCCGUAUCACACUAUAAAAGUCAAGGAUUUUUAAAUGGAUUGCAUGAUGAGGGUCAGCUUAUAAAGUCAAUGUUCUUACUGUGUUUUUGGGAUAUAAUAUAUGGUAGUUACCCACCGUAUGUUCUUUUUAUUAGCCAGUAUCAAGAUUGCCCUUUGGAUUGGAGAACUCGUCAUUUCUAUAAAAUUAGAGAACAACAAAUUAAAGACCGAAUAGCAGAAUUGAAAAAAAUGAAUGUUGAUCAAAUAUGUGAUGUAUUAAAAAAGUUUUGUGAUGAAUACUUUGAAACUCAAUCUGUGAUAAAUUGGAAGUACAUGAAUGUUGAUAACUUACCUCUGUGCAGGACAUUGUUAGAAUGUGUUGGAAUAGAAGUAUUCCUUGCCAUUGGUGAUCAAAUAUUGAAAGAUGGCCGAAUUUAUUUGCAUGGAAUGCCAGACCUGGUUGUUUGGGAUGUUAAUAACCAUAAAUGCAUAUUUGUUGAAGUAAAAGGGCCAAAUGAUAAAUUAUCAGAAAGACAAUAUUCUUGGUUACUUAAACUAAUGGAGUUUGGUGCUAAUGUAGAAGUCUGUCAUGUUGUUGGAACUGGAGGCAAAAAUAAUAACUGAAAAAUACCUGAUAAAAUAUUAACUGAAUUAAAACAAAGAUAUUUUAUUGUUAAUUUGUUUUGUUUAUACAUUGGGCAAAUUUAUUUAUUUCAUAUUUUGAGUUAACCAAAUCAUAUGUUGAAUAUAUUAUAUAUAUUUUAUA